AUGGCUACUCUCGAAGCCGUAAUCUCUCUGCAGACGACACGUGCAGCCUUCAUAGACGGCAUUUUUAAGGGGUCUAAUGAAGAGGACAUUAAGCGGCUCGGCGUGACUGCUCUUGAUUCCAAGCUGAUGAUGCUUGAGACCUAUUGGGCUAAGCUGGAAGCCUCUCAUGAGAAGCAUGUUUCUCAAAAAAUCGAGAAUUUGACCUCUCUCGACUAUUUCAAGCAUCAAGUCUUUGAUUCAGCUCUUAAGAACUUCGCCGCUGCUAAGGUGGCACUGCUUCAGCUCUCGGAGAAGAAAGGCGCUCCAAACCUGAACCAGUCACUACGUGUACCUGGGGAAGGACAUUUGACCAGCUCAACUCGUCGUGCUCUGCCUGAGAUUUCUCUGCCAAAAUUCUCAGGCAUCUAUCAGGAAUCGAGGCCAUGGAGAGAUCUUUUCCAAUCGUUAGUUGGCAUCAAUCAGGACAUUCCAGGGGUCGAGAGGAUGCAUUACCUCCGCCUCUGUCUCUCUGGUGAGCCUCUCAAGCUCAUCUCUAAUUUGCCCGUCUCUGAAGAAUCAUUUCGCAUUGCCUGGAGAACUCUCGUUGAUCGUUACGAGAACAAGCGUUUACUCGUUGCAGCUCAUCUUGACCAGCUCUUGAAUCCAGCUCCAAUGAAAUCGCACAGCGCCUCGGACCUCAAUCUCUUGACCAGCUCGAUCACUGAAGCUCUCAGCGCUCUCAAGGCUCUGGAUCAGCCAACUGGGAGACUAUUAUCGUUCGGGUGA